AUGUCCAACCCGGCCCUCGUCUUCAGCUCGGUGCCCUCCGGCCGCUUCCCCCAGCCGGGAAAAGACCUGGUGGUGAAAGAGCUGCCCCUGCCCGACGGGGAGGGCGUGCUGGUCCGCAUCCAGCUGGCCUCUCUUGACCCCUUUCUGCGCUCCCAGCUCAGGGACCCCUCCUCGGCCUGGACCUACCAGCCCGCGCUGCCUGUUGGCGAGCCACUGUGCACGAGCGCCGUAGGCACCGUCGUACGGUCCGACGCCGCCCAUGUCCUCCCCCUCGGCGAGACUGUGUGGCUCGCCAGGGUCCCCUUGGCGCGAUAUGCCUUCCUCGAGGUGUCCAUGGCCGCUAACCGGCGCCUGGUGGUGCCCAUCGGGCGCCUUGUGAAGGAGUACAGCCUCGACGCGGGUCACUGGCUGGGCGUUCUUGGUGUUCCGGGACUCACGGGCUUCACCGGCCUCUACGAGUGCGGCCGACCCAAGGCCGGCGAGACAAUCUUUAUCAGCUCGGCGGCGGGCACGGUCGGCCUGACGGUGGCCUACUUUAGCAAGCGAGACGGGCUUCGCGUCGUGGGGUCGGCCGGCUCGACCGACAAGGCCGACUGGCUCCGGCGAACUGGGCUAUUCGACGAUGCCUUUGUCUUCGGCCGCCAGGACAGCCACGAGACGGGCGAGGCGUCUUUGCGCCGCGCCGCCCCGGACGGGCUCGACAUACACUUUGCAAGCGUUGGCGGUGCCCAGUUGCGCGCCGCGGCGGCCUGCAUGAAGAUCCACGGGCGGAUCGUCGUGUGCGAUGCCAUCGACGAGCCCGGCGGCGCUGCGGCACCGGAUGCUCGGUGGCUCUGGCAGCCCGUCGUCUACAAAAGGCUGACAAUCAGCGGGUUCCUCGUCACCGACCUAGCCGGCAAAUACAUGGCGAGCUUCCAGCAGCAGAUGCACGAGGGCAUAGAGAGGGACGGCGGCCUCCCGAGGAUCGCGCCGCUGCACGUAGUCCACGGGCUGGACAAGGCGGCCGAGGCGUUUGGGGAUCUCUUCCGCAGCGGCAAGAUCAUGGGCAAGCUUCUGGUCCGGCCAUCUGAUUCUUGA